GCUUUGGAAACACAACAAGACCAAAUCGGCUUAGAAAGAAUUUAUGACAAAAGAGUCAAAUGACUCCGGAUUGUGACGAGUCCUAGACCACAAUUAUAAGCACGGAUUUGCGACCAAAUAUGGAAUCAGGGAAAGUAAUCAUUUUUGGCUUAAUUCUGAUUUGGGUUCUUCUUACUUAUAGUCCUCUCACUAGUCAACAUGCUUCUGGUUUCGCCUGCUUGUAGAGGUGUUUAUCUUCAGACCAUAGAUCCAAAUCCAGUUGAUUUUUCAGCCAGAGGCUCUUAUGCAAGUUGCUUUCAGAUUCCUCCUUCAGUAUCUCAAAGGGAGUGUUUGAUGAGGUUAGGAACGGUCUUUUGUUUUAAUCAGAAGCAUAGAGAGCAGACGAGUUUCAAGAAACGGCAUGUAUCUACGCAGAAUGUAGAUCUUCCUCCUAUUUUACCAAAGAACAAGAAGAAACCUUAUCCGAUUCCUUUUAAGCAAAUUCAAGAAGAGGCUAGGAAAGAUAAGAAGCUUGCUCAGAUGGGUAUAGAGAAACAGUUAGACCCUCCCAAAAAUGGGUUGCUAGUUCCAAAUCUUAUUCCUGUGGCGUAUCAAGUGAUAGAUAACUGGAAGUUGUUGAUCAAGGGUUUAGCACAGCUUCUCCAUGUUGUUCCUGUCUUUGCUUGCAGUGAAUGUGGGGCGGUUCAUGUGUCCAAUGCUGGUCACAAUAUUAGGGAUUGCAAUGGUCCAACAAAUUCACAGCGACGUGGUUCUCAUUCAUGGGUUAAGGGUACCAUCAAUGAUGUUCUCAUUCCUGUUGAGUCGUACCACAUGUAUGACCCUUUUGGGCGGCGGAUUAAGCACGAAACACGGUUUGACUACGAAAGAAUCCCAGCACUUGUUGAGCUAUGUAUUCAGGCUGGAGUUGAGAUCCCUGAGUAUCCUUGUCGCAGAAGGACACAGCCAAUCCGAAUGAUGGGGAAGAGAGUGAUCGAUCGAGGUGGAUAUCUUAGAGAGCCUGAUAAGCCUCAGACAUCAUCAAUAUCAUCUCCACUUGCCGAGCUUGACACGCUUGGUGCUUGUGAAAGGUAUCCGCCUCCCACACCAGAGGACAUACCUAAGAUAGCACAAGAAACAAUGGAUGCUUACGAAAAAGUGAGAUUGGGGGUGACGAAAUUGAUGAGGAAAUUCACGGUGAAAGCAUGCGGAUAUUGUUCUGAAGUGCAUGUAGGACCAUGGGGACAUAGUGUGAAGCUGUGCGGGGAGUUCAAACACCAAUGGAGAGACGGGAAGCACGGAUGGCAAGAUGCUCUUGUGGACGAAGUCUUUCCUCCAAACUAUGUAUGGCAUGUGAGAGACCUUAAGGGAAAUCCGCUUACCGGAAAUCUGAGAAGGUUUUAUGGUAAAGCCCCUGCUUUGGUUGAGAUUUGUAUGCACAGUGGAGCUCGGGUUCCUCAACGCUACAAGGCCAUGAUGAGGCUUGACAUCAUUGUUCCUGAUUCACAGGAAGCUGACAUGGAGGAGGAAGAAGAUAACAGGAAUGGGGCGAGUUAUUUGUCAGUGGAGAUGAUGAAGAAGGUGAGCUCCAUGGCAGCUCCGAUGGUGGCAGUUUCGGUUUCUCAGUUCCUCCUUCAAGUCAUCUCCAUGGUUAUGGCUGGUCAUUUGGACGAGCUCUCACUCUCAGCUGUCGCAAUCGCCACUUCCCUCACUAAUGUCACCGGUUUCAGCCUCAUCGUUGGGUUUGCAGGUGCGUUAGAGACUCUGUGUGGUCAAGCUUUUGGAGCAGAACAAUUUGGAAAAAUUGGGGCAUACACGUACAGCUCAAUGCUUUGUCUUCUUGUCUUCUGUUUUCCAGUCUCUCUUGUAUGGAUCUUCAUGGACAAACUCUUGGAGCUCUUCCAUCAAGAUCCUCUAAUCUCUCAGUUAGCUUGCAGAUACUCAAUCUGGCUCAUACCGGCUUUAUUCGGAUUCGCUCUUCUUCAACCUGUGACUUGCUAUUUCCAGUCACAAGGAUUAAUUCUUCCUCUCUUCGUGAGCUCUCUUGGAGCUCUCUGUUUUCACAUUCCUUUCUGUUGGCUUCUUGUCUAUAAACUGAGAUUUGGAAUCGUUGGCGCCGCUUUGUCCAUCGGGUUUUCAUAUUGGCUCAACGUGUUUUUGCUUUGGAUUUUCAUGAGUAACUCUGCUUUGCAUCGUGAAAUGAAAAACCUUGGUUUGCAAGAACUCAUCUCGAGCAUGAAGCAGUUCAUCGCCCUCGCUAUCCCCUCUGCAAUGAUGAUAUGCCUGGAAUGGUGGUCGUUUGAGAUUCUACUACUAAUGUCUGGACUCUUACCAAACUCAAAGCUCGAAACAUCGGUGAUAUCCAUUUGCCUCACAACAUCGGCUUUGCAUUUCGUUCUGGUGAAUGCGAUAGGAGCAUCCGCAAGCAACGAGAAAGAAGUGGCUCACUACGCAACCCAAAUCACACCCAUUCUCUGCCUAUUUAUUUUCGUUAACAGUUUUCUUGCCGUGCUAUCAGGGGUUGCCAGAGGAACAGGCUGGCAACGUAUAGGAGGUUAUGCAAGCCUAGGAUCAUAUUAUCUUGUCGGAAUCCCGUUAGGUUGGAUCUUGUGUUUUGUCAUGAAGUUGAGAGGGAAAGGACUUUGGAUUGGUAUACUCAUAGCCUCCACUAUCCAACUAAGUGUUUUUACCAUUGUCACCUUCUUCGCCAAUUGGGAACAAGAGGCAACGAGAGCCAGAGACAGAGUAUUCGAGAUGACACCACAAGUCAAAGGCAACCAAAAGACGCAAAUUAUAUUGGAAGAGGAUACACAAGUUUUACUUGAUCAUAUUACAGAAACUGUUUAAAAGUGUAAAACCACUUAAUGCAACUCUAUUGGUCUACUUCGUUUUAGCCUUCUAUUUACUAAUUUUGGAUGCUUUACAUUUGCAUGAUGUGCGAUUUUAAAUGAUGCGUCUUGAGAAUAUGGAUUCUUGGUUUUUAGUUUGUCAACAAACUACCCAUUUCACUUAAUAAGAAUUUGGAGUCCAA